UGGAGUCUGAACUGUGCUCCUUCUAUGCGGGGAAAGUAGCCACAGAGGCCAGCGGAACUUUCGCGCACAAGAUACGUGUCUUUUCUCUUUUUGAUUUUGAGACAGGGUCUCCCUGAGUGUGGUCUAGCCUGAUCUGGAAGCUGGUGCUCCUGACUAUCUCCCAGGUGGUGGUGGUUUUGCCAGCAUGAACUGUCAUAUCUACCUUGAGCUUUUUGUCAGCUACUUAUCUGUUUAGUCUUUUUCUUUCGUGAUAUUUUUUUCUGUUUUUGUGCUUGCAAAAGGCAUUAGUCUUGUAUUUGGGAUCAUAGUUCAUACAGCUGCUCAGAGCACUCAGAUGUUGGUGUGUGCUCAGCUUUUGAGUGGUUUUGCACGUUACCAAUGCAAGUGAAUCGUCUUGAGCCUGCCCUUGGCAGCUCCAUGGCGGCUCCAUGGUGGCACCAUGUCGGUUUCCAUGCUUCUCAGGACCUCUGUUUGUCUUUGAUAGAGUUAGCCAUUUAUCCUAUGCCUGCUGGUUUCUUACAUCAGACCACAUUACUGGACUGAGGAUCUGGGCAUGGCAUGUAUUCUGUGUAGAGCCCCGUUCCCUCUGUGUCCUCUCAGCUGCUGUCCAGGGAGGCCCAUGCACACAUGCCAACCAGUGCAUGUGCCAGCAUGCUGCCUAGAAAUGCUUUCUCUUUGCUUCUGUAGUAAGGAGAACAUGAAUUCCUACUUAAUUUCCCAGUUCUGUUCUAGUAUCCCGGGAUUUCUAGCCUCUGUGCCUCGCUCAUCGUUAGCCUCCUACCGACAGGGGUGCCUUGAAAUUGGCACAGAUAAACAAGUGAUGGAUGGGAAAGAUGAGCACACUCCUUAAGCAGCUGCGUGCUCGUGUGCACACACACGGAGGCCCCAGGGGACCACUGGGUACCCUGUUCUGUCAUUUCCCAUCCCGUUCCCUUGAGAUGGGGGUCUUUCACCAAACCCAGAGUUCCUCAUUUUAUGACUAGGCUUUUUACCAGGGAAACUGGGGUUUCCCUUUGGGGUUCUCAGUCUCCUUAAUAAGAGGAUGUACAAAUGAACUCAAGAAACAAAGGUCUGUUUUAUUAGAGCUUCAGAGAAGCUGUUGGCAAAAGAGAUUAAGGGGAAACCAUGCCAUUGAUGUUAGGCAUAGGAAAGAAACAGCUUGUAAGAAAGAAAAAGGCAUCCCCAGGAAUGGGUUUUCCUGCUGAACUGAGAAAACCACCCCGAAAGCAUCCAUCAGGAGGCAGUGUAUUGUUUAUAGUCCCCGACCUUUGUAGGCUUUGUGUCGAGCGUGCUCUACUCACUAGUGGCCACCAGAAGGAAGGGCUCCUACUCUUCUGCAACUGGGCUUCUGUCACAUUUUAGUCCUGAUAUAACUGUGUUUGUUCCUGCUGUCUUACCCCAGACUGGCAGGACAGAAAGCCCCAGGGAUCCCCCUCUAGUGCUGGGGUUACCAGCAGGUGCUGGGACUCCAGGCUCAGACCCUCAUGUUUGUGCCUCCAGUGUCCGUUCCACUGAGCUGUCUCACCAGCUCCCAUUGUCUCUUCUAUCUUUGAUUAUUAUAAUUAUGGACUGCCUGUCUAUGGAGAGCCCAGUCUAGAAGAAUGGAUCGCAGCACCGACCAUUGCAUGAUCUCUCUUGAAGACUGCUCUGCGAUGACAACAGCCAGGUACCGGCCCACCUGGGACCUGGCCCUUGACCCGCUGCUGUCCUGCAAGCUGUGCCUUGGGGAGUACCCGGCGGAGCAGAUGACAACCAUCGCCCAGUGCCAAUGCAUCUUCUGUACCCUGUGCCUGAAACAGUAUGUUGAGCUCUUGAUCAAAGAAGGACUAGAAACUGCAAUUAGCUGCCCGGAUGCUGCGUGCCCUAAACAGGGCCACCUUCAGGAGAAUGAGAUUGAGUGUAUGGUUGCAUCUGAAAUUAUGCAAAGAUAUAAAAAGCUACAAUUUGAAAGAGAAGUGCUCUUUGACCCUUGCCGGACGUGGUGCCCAGCAUCCACUUGCCAAGCCGUGUGCCAAGUCCAGGACAUAGGGAUCCAGACCCCCCAGCUGGUGCAGUGCAAAGCCUGUGAUAUGGAAUUCUGCUCGGCCUGCAAAGCCCGCUGGCACCCUGGCCAAGGCUGCCCCGAGACCGUGCCAAUCACCUUCCUUCCUGGGGAGAGCAGCUCUGCCUUCAAGAUGGAAGAGGGCGACGCGCCCAUCAAGCGCUGCCCCAAGUGCAGGGUGUACAUCGAGCGGGAUGAGGGCUGCGCGCAGAUGAUGUGUAAGAACUGCAAGCACGCCUUCUGCUGGUAUUGCCUGGAGUCUCUGGACGAUGACUUCCUUCUGAUACAUUAUGACAAGGGGCCUUGUCGCAACAAGUUGGGCCACUCCCGGGCAUCAGUGAUCUGGCAUCGGACACAGGUGGUGGGAAUCUUUGCUGGAUUUGGGCUCCUGCUCCUUGUGGCCUCCCCUUUUUUGCUCCUGGCCACACCCUUUGUACUUUGCUGCAAGUGUAAGUGCAGUAAAGGUGAUGAUGAUCCGCUGCCCACCUAGAGGACAGUGUGAUGCUGGGACAGAUCCCUGCCUCGGGACGUGUGGCCCCCUAACCCCCCUACCCCUCCCUCACUAAACAUGUUUCUUGCCUUAUGUGCCCCAUUGAGCUUCAGUGUCCGGCUUCCUGCAGAGAUUUCAGGGAUGAUGUCAGCCAGUGGGCAGAGGCCUCGGGUGUGGUCUCCUCCAGGUUGUGGGGGAGGCAAGGCAGAAGUGGAUGGGGCGCAUCCUGCAGAGUUCUUCUGUGUCUGCAGACCUGACCUGAGGUGGCAUCAGCCGCACAUCAGGCAGUUUCAUCCCCCUGGCCUUAGACUGGGACUGUCCCGCGGGAGCUUAGGAGACCCACUCAGACGAAGGGACGCCUUGGCUUCAAGAUGGCACCGUGUUGUCAGGAGAAGUCUUCAAGACUUAGGACUCUCUUCAGCCAGCACCUGAUUAUCUGACUUGAGAAAAUCUGUUUGUGAACUGUUUUUACUCCUAAAGGCAUUUAGUAAAAUCCUUUUUAGAAGGCUUUCCCCCCCCCCUUUCUGUCCACUGAAUAGUGAAAAUCAACAAGGUGCGUCAAAACCAUCCUAUGCCUUUUCUGAAAUGUGCAUUUUAUGAAGUUAUAGGUAAGCGACUUUCCUGGCCUGACCACUUCUUUCAGGAGCUACAGAAAGCCUUAUGCACACUUUGUGUUUCCUCUUGGAACCCGCUGUCACGACUGUUUGAAUGCUGUGAGCUGUGUCCUGUGACCCACACGGGCUCCCUGUUGUCGGGUUUCUUUGAAGAUGCUGACACUCUCAAGGGGUCGUCUCCAGCUUAACAUCACGCCCCUCCGACCCUCUCCCCGUCCUCCAGUGCAGCUCACAGGGCCCAUUCCUUCUCCCAGGUGGCAGCAAACACCUUGGAGUAUCUCCAAACCAGGUGUUUUACUCUGAAUGCCUGGGCUUCCACUCCUUGCCCCACUUAGCAGGUUGGUGAGGCGACGAGGAGGGUUCGCACCAUCCCUCCCUGGGCAACCCUGAGAAGUUGGGUGGGAACGCUCUGAAGUCUUUGCACUGUUCAGAUGCUUUAGGUAAUUUGAAAAACCAUGUGACUCAUAGGACACAGACCCAACCCUAUAGUUAACCAGUGUGU